AUGGUGUCUACCUCCGAAGCCAUUGCCUACGCUGAGAUCUGUGUCUAUAUCCCCACAUUCAUCCUAACUCUCUUCGUAGUCUUCCGUCAUGGCUUCAAGAGACAGGCUGGAUGGAUUUACCUUGCUAUUUUCUCUCUCAUUCGCGUUGCUGGUGCGGGAUUCAAGAUCGCCCAGUCGCAUAAUCCAACCAACAAAACCGACAUCGAAUGGGCUGCUAUCCUACAGUCUGUGGGUUUGAGUCCUCUUCUCCUCGCAAGUAUGGGUCUAUUGAAACGAGUCAACGUUGCUGCCAACUCGGGAAUUGCGAACAUCAUCACAAAACGUGCCACAGCACACUCUCGACGAAGCCGCGUUAUACAGAUUGCAGCCCUUCCCACGAUGAUCGCACUCGCGCUUGCAAUCAUAGGUGGGACAGAUGAAGCCGAUUCAGAUGCCUCAGACAUCUCGAACGGCAAGAAGUACAUGAAGAUCGCCGUCAUAAUGUUCUUCUGCAUCUAUCUCCUCCUAUGCGCACUUACGGUCAUCACCAUGACGGAUGUGGGCAAUGCGCCUCGUGGAGAGAAGCGGAUUUAUAUUGCUGUGCUAGCUGCUCUUCCACUUCUGGCUGUUCGUCUCCUCUACAGCAUCCUCGCAGCAUUUGUUAACAACAACGACUUCUCAAUCUUCGGCGGAAAGCCAUUGAUACAACUUUUCAUGGCCAUCAUUGAAGAGUUCGUCAUUGUUCUUUUUUACACGUUAGUUGGCCUUACUUCCAACAAAUCUGAGUAUUGA